CCAAGCAGAAUGCAGGCAUCAGCCUCUCAGGACAAGACCCGGAGGAAACCAGGCCAUAAUGAAGGUACUCAACAUCCUGACUAUGAGAAUAUAACCUUGGCCUUCAGAGACAAGGAAGAGCUCAAACUCAAACAGUCAGCACCCAAGAAACAAGCCCAGGUCAAGCCAUCACUGGACACAUCCCAGAUCCCUCCCUGGUUUCACAGAACCAUCAUGAUCUUAUAUGUCCUCCUCGCUCUCAUCUUUUCAUUUUGCAUUAUCCUGUCAGCCUUGGUCCUGGUCAAAAAUUCUGAAAUGUCCAGGGAGCUGUGGAGCUUGAGAGUGGAGCUUCUGAAUGUUUCAAGCCUGGUGCAGCAGUGCCAGGAUCAGCAAGACAAUCAUUGGAAAGCUGUCCAGACGGGGAUCCGGGAGGCCAAGAGUAACAUUGCUACAGUCUCGAGCAAAGUGCAGAGUGGAAAUGACAAGCUGAAGACGGUGCCAGCAGAUAUAACUGACAUCAAGACAACCCUUAAGGCGCUAGAGAAGAAAGUCCUCACUCGUAAGCCGGGGCUAGGGAGCGCCCACUUCUAA